AUGCAGAGGUGGGCGACAACUCGCUGUGCCAUGGUGGGUCGUCUUCCUGCCAGCCAUGGUGGUGUUCGAGGGCUUGGACGGUCAGCGAAUGAGUCAGCCAGCUGCUGGGGCCCUUUCUUAAGACGCGCUGAGAGUCUCUUAGAAGAUCCUCAUCCAGUUGUCCGCUCUACAGGAAUACUCGGCGUUACUCAGAUAACAUCCAAAUACUGGGAGAUGAUUCCUGCAACAAUUCUUGCUGAUCUGUUAAAAAAACUCACCGUAGAGCUGGCAUAUGAUAUAACAUCUGCAGAUGUUCGAUGCUCUGUUUUUAAAUGCCUACCAAUAAUUUUGGACAACAAACUGAGUCAUCCAUUACUGGAGCAGCUCCUGCCAGCAGUCAAACACAGUCUUCAUGACAACUCAGAGAAAGUGCGAGUGGCUUUUGUCGAUAUGCUGCUGAAAGUGAAGGCUACCAAGGCUGCUAAGUUCUGGAAUAUCUGUCCCAUGGAGCAUCUUCUGGCUCGUCUUGAAGUUGAUUCCCGGCCUGUGUCACGACGCAUAGUGAAUCUCCUAUUCAACUCUUUCUUUCCUAUUAACCAACCUGAGGAUGUGUGGUGUGAGCGCUGCGUUACCCUAAUCCAGAUGAAUUCAGCAGCAGCCAGAAAGUUCUAUCAAUACGCCUACGAAUAUACUGCCCCCACCAAUAUCGCUAAAUUAAUGCUUACUAUUCGACGCUGCUUGAAUGCCUGCAUCCAGAAAUCGAUGAAAGAGAGUCUUCAUGAUAGCGGCGAAAACGAUGAUGAAAGUGAAAAGGAGAAUACAAGUGUAUUGAAUAAUGUGUUGUCAAUAAAUGAUGUGGCCAGCAUGGCAGGUUUAUUGGAGAUAACUGUAAUUCUCUGGAGAAGUAUCCGCAAAGCACUAGAUCACAAUGAAGAUGCCAAAGAUUAUACUAUCAGAAAAUUUGCUUCUGUACUUCCCGAGUAUUUUAAAGUAUUUAAGGAGGAGCGUUGCAUUACUCCAUUGAUUAUUCUGGCAUCCUUUAUGCCCCCUGCUGCUAUUCCUACAUUCAGCUGUGGUGUGAUCUCCCGACUCAGAAAUAUUGACAAUGGAGCUGACCAAAGCAAAUAUUCUAGCCUGAUAGACUGCAUGUGUAGCUGGGGUCAAGUGGGACAUAUUAUGGAAUUAGCCUGUGAUUGGUUGUCUGACACAUUAACCCCAAGAAAGAGUGUUAAAACAUCCGAGCGACGAGUACGUAUAAAUGUAACACAGGAAUUGAAGCCAGAAUUAGCAAUUGAUUACAUUGAAUAUUUAUUGACUCAUCCUGUUAAUCGUGGUUGCCUGCUCUCUGUUCCUGAAAAGAAACUGAAGAAGCUUUUGAAAAUUCUCAGUGCUGCAAAGGAGAUUCUUGCCUCGCUUUUGAAAGCAACUGGUGCCGGUUCUAGUAGCUGCAAUCAAGCAACUGGCCUAAGAGCCUUCAGCCUCUUUUGCAGAUUGACUAUUCAUCUUCAGAACAAGUUUUCUGAAGAAGGAAAAGAUUACCUCUCACUUCUGAAGGAGACAGGUGCUUGGAUAGAAAGUCAAGUUGUACCUUGUAUGCUAGCAAGUGAUCAAGAGGAUGUCAUUUCAAAACCCAGUCAUGUUUCUGAAUUAAUUAUCCAGGCCUAUCUGACAGUAUGUAAAGAUGUCAUAAUGGUUGGCCUUGGAAAUCUCGCGUUUCAAGCACAUGUUUUAGAUAUGGGUCUUUCAGUUAUACAAACAGAGAGAGGUGGCUUUUGUGCUCCAGUGUUACUGUAUGCUCUGAAAGAAAUUACUGAAGCUUCUUUAACUCAGUAUUCCGAGACAGAUGAAGUGGCAAAUCUUUUCCAUGCUGUACAGACCAUCUUCCAGAAAGUUUUAGAAUGUGUGGCACGUAUGCUCAAGAAACAGCAGGAAGAAGGGAUUCAGUUAAUUCACUUUAUUCAAAUGCCUCUUGGAGAAUUCGUACACGCCGUGCAGUGCUGGCAUUCAUCUUGCCCAGCAGUUCACCAAGGGGUACUCUCUACUCUCCUGGCUGCAAUAAUAGCAGAGAUAAAUGAUGUGCUACAGAAGGCUUCCAGUGAAAAAGACUUAACUAUACCAAAGACUAUUUCAGACCUUCCUCCUCUUUCAAGCAGUUUAAUGGCUAUAAUUAUGAAGUCGGUUAAUGUUGUUAGUUCAUUUUUAGAUGAAUUAAUGAGAUGCAUUCUCUCUGAAGAAAUUGAAGGGAUUUUUAGUGUAACAGCUACUCUCUAUAUUGUGAUUAUAAUUAAAGGCAAGCACAAAACUUCACUUCUAAAGGAUAUUGCACCUGCCAUUCAAAGACGACUGAUAUCAUGCAAGGAAGCUGCCGCAGAGGAAUCUGGCAGCCCUGCAAG